CGCAGUUCCCGGGACAACAAAACGAUAAAAUCAAAUCAAUUGACGGGUUCAGCAAAAUAAGAAUUAAAACCAGUUUUAAAGAAAAACAUUGACCAAAAGCGAGCUCUACAACAGAGACGAGACUGACUCCCCCCCUGGCACACUCACGCACACAGAAGGCAGCCUUGACCACCAUUGUGGUUUUUUUGUAUGUGAUAAGAGCAGAGCGCGGAGAGGCAUUCAAUUCCGUUUGUUUAGCCCCACGGAACGGUACGGAAGACCCACACACGGACCCCAACAUACAACUUGAUUGGCAAAUUCAUUAUUUCAUUAUAUUCUCGUUAUCCCCCCACCGCGGUAUGGUAUUGUUUCUGACUUAGGUCUGGAUUGAAUGCGCAUGUUUUGUAACUAUUAAUAGGCCAUUGUUGGAUUUAAGGGCACGCCACUCACCCAAUUCGUGCUCCAAAAAAGAUUAAACCUCCAAAACAGACGCGCGCGCUCAACAACGUGCCAUUUUCUAUCUAAGAAUACGUAAUCAUCAGUUCGGUGGCCGGGUGGCUGUGUCGCCAUAAGAACUAAAGAGCUACAACUACUAAAAGUACAACAACAACUACAACUAAAAUGGUUUCCUACUUUGUACCUCGCGGUCGUGUACUGCUAAAGGCCGGCAACCUAAGAACGGUGGUCCAGCCACAGCAGCCACAGCAACUACAACUACAAGCCGCGAAGCCUACGCAGCAACAAAAUGGAAGCUGGCCAGUGGUGCGGCAUUUCCGGCACUUCUCCUCGAAUUCCUCAUCUGGGAAUGCACCGCUAAAUCGCCUCAAGGCGCAGUCGCAGCCCCAGCCAGAGCCGCACAGACAGCAGCUUAACUCAAAACAGAACCUCGCCCAGGUGCGUCGCAAUGUGCUCUCCCGCUGGACCGGCUUCCUACUGCGCUGGGCCCCCAUGGGCAUAUGCGUGUUCGGGGCCAUCGAAUGGCAGCUACAUAAGAAGCGCUGCGAACGUGACGGCACGCCACGCACCGCCUCGGAGUUCCAGUCUCGCGUCUACUGCUCGCUUCCGCUGCGGAUCAUCAGUCGCUGCUGGGGCUGGCUGGCCGCCUGCUACAUGCCCACGACACUGCGGCCCUACGUCUACGGCUGGUACUCGAAUGCAUUUAAUGUGAAUCUGAGCGAGGCUCAGUAUCCGGAAUACGAACACUACAACAGCCUAGCGGAGUUCUUCACGCGUCCUCUGAAGGAGGGCGCACGCACCAUCGAUGCCCAUGCACCGCUCGUAUCGCCUGCCGAUGGCAAAGUUCUGCACUUUGGCAGCGCCUCUGACUCGCUCAUCGAGCAGGUGAAGGGCGUGAAUUACAGCAUCGAGGACUUCCUGGGGCCACUGCAGACGCUGGAGGAGGCCAAGUCGGGUGUCAGCUACGCGCAGGCCCUGAAGCGGCAGCGCGAUGGCACCACCGAGCUAUAUCAGUGCGUUAUCUACCUGGCUCCCGGAGAUUAUCAUCGCUUUCACUCACCCACCGCCUGGCAGCCGACGGUGCGCCGUCAUUUCUCCGGCGAACUGCUCUCGGUGAGCCCUAAGGUGGCCGGCUGGCUGCCGGGUCUGUUCUGCCUGAACGAGCGCGUCCUCUAUAUGGGACAGUGGAAGCACGGCUUCUUCAGCUACACUGCGGUGGGCGCCACCAAUGUGGGCUCCGUGGAGAUCUACAUGGAUGCUGAGCUCAAAACCAAUCGCUGGACGGGUCUCAAUGUGGGUAAGCAUCCUCCGAGCACCUACGAGUACGACGAAGUGGCCCUGGACGCACAGCAAAAGCCAAAGGAGCUGGGCAAGGGCGAUCUGGUCGGGCAGUUCAACAUGGGCAGCACCAUUGUCCUUCUCUUCGAGGCGCCAAAGAACUUCAAGUUUGACAUUGUUGCCGGACAGAAGAUCCGUGUGGGAGAGUCCCUGGGGCACAUUGUGGAGCGUAAAUGAUGAAUGUCCAUGUCCAUGACCAUCCCCCGGAAAGAAGCCUAUUGUGAUGCCAAUCCAAGAAUCAGUUCAAAGCAAACUCUGGCAAGUCUCCGGCAAGUUGAUAGAUUGAAAUGAAAUCCAAUCUAAUUAUCACAUUUUGUAUUACUGGAGCUGUUCCCUAACGUAUUUUUUGUGAACAUCCUGCUAUGCUAUGCCAUGCUAUGCUAUGUGUGUGUGUAUGUGUGUAUUGUUGCCAUUUCUAUAGUCCUAAGGAAAUAUUUUAUAUGUCUUUAUAUAAUAAAUGUCGAAAUAUCGUUGAAUAC